UUCCGGUUCCGGAUCAACAGUGUUCUUUACAGACAGGCAAAAUGUUGUCCCGACUUUCACGUUUCGGGCUCGUUUUGCCUCGCUCACUCUCUGUGCCACCAGCCCGGUUUGUCUCUCAGUCGAAACCGUCCAGUGCCACCGGUUCGACGGCUGUGACGGAGCUGCACCCCGCCGCUGAUAAGUCAGGACACGGUGAGGUCAGCCCGUAUGUCAAGAAUCCGGAUUACCACGGCUUCUCCAGCGAUCCAGUACAGGAUGAGUGGAACAUGAAGGUGGGCUUCUUCCUUGGCAUCUCUGUGACUCUUGUUAUUGGAGGAGCGUUUAUCCACUAUUUACCAGACCAUGGAAUGCGAAAGUGGGCCAGAAGGGAGGCAGAGCAGCUCAUCCAGGAAAGAGAAAAGGAGGGUCUGCCGCUCAUAGCAGAGAAUUACUACGACACGAGCAAGAUCAUUCUGCCCACAGCUGGAGAUGACUAAUAUCCCCAGUACAGACCUACUGUAUUUACUAAUUAUUGUAUUUCACUAUGAUAGAAUAAAUAAUGCGAUUGUUGGA